UUUUAAAGAGGCGUGGCUGUUUUUUGUUUUUAGUUGAGGUCAAGAUGUCGACGUGGAAUGAAGGGGCAGAAGGCUUUAUAUGCCCUUACUGUCUCGUUAGUUUUAAUUCUUCUAACAAACUACAAGCCCAUUUUAUCGAUUUUCACUCGGGAGAAGGAAACGAUGCCGCUGAAGUUGUCCCAUUUGAAUCUAGCGUUGAGGUCAAGCAGCCUGACACUAUUGUUGAUCAGUUGGGACACAGUUGGGCUCCAUUUAGUUUACCUAAGCCUCAUUCUUGCGAUGCUUGCAAUGUUAUAAUUUGGAGUAGUUCAUACAGCUGCCAAGGCUGUUCUAUGGCUAUACAUCCAGACCAAAAGUGUCAGGAUCAAGUGACUAAAAUAUGUAGAAGUGAUGUGGAUGAAGUUCCUAGUACCAAUGUUUUGCCACGGGCUGAUGCCCCUCCUCCUACCAAGAAUAUUACUGAAAUAGUCAAAAGACAAGUUGCCAAAGGAAGAAAUCGAUACACUGAUGAUGGUUUUGACUUAGAUUUGUCUUACAUUACUGACAGAAUUAUUGCUAUGUCAUUUCCAGGGUCAGGAGUGGAAUCUGCUUAUAGAAAUAAUUUAAAGGAUGUUGCAAAAAUGCUAAAAACACAACAUCAAGAUAAUUAUAUGGUUUUUAAUUUGUCUGAGAGGAGCUAUGACAUCUCCAAAUUCAAUAAUCAGGUGUUAGAUUUUGGUUGGCCUGAUCAUUUAGCACCUUCUUUAGAAAGACUUAGCAUAGUUUGUAAGUCAAUGAAGUCUUGGCUAGAUUCUGAUCCUAAUCAUGUAGUUGUUGUUCACUGUAAAGGAGGCAAAGGUAGAACUGGAUGUGUUAUUGCUUCAUUUAUGAACUACUCACAAAUUUGCCAAAGUGCCUCUGCUGCUUUGGAUCAUUUUGCAAUGAAAAGGUUUUAUGAUGACAAAUUACAAGGUGUAACACAACCUUCACAGAGACGUUAUGUGCAUUACUUUGAAGACUUACUGGUGGGAAAGUUAAAACUUGAUGCUAGACCUAUUAAACUUUGCUACAUUAUCAUCCAUGGAAUUCCAAAUUUUGAUGGUAAAGGAGGUUGCCGCCCUUUUAUAAAAAUAUAUCAAAACAUGGAAUUGAUUCAUACUUCAGGACUCUAUGUUUGUACAGCCGAUAAAGACAGGGUAAAGAUUUCACUAUAUGGAGGCUUAAAGUUGUGUGGUGAAAUUUUGAUUAAAUGUUUCCAUAAAAGGACUCACACUGGAGUUGAUUCUAUCUUUCGUUGUCAGUUUCAUCAUUCUGUUGUGAAAGACGAGCGAUUAGUCUGGACUAAGAAAGAUCUUGAUGAUGCUUUUCGAGACAAAAGAUUUUCAGAUGAUACGAAAGUUGAACUCAUUUUUGAAACCGCACAAUCUAAGGGAAACAACAUCAAACGAGAAGGACUAACAACACCAACAGAUAUACGCCAUUCAUUACUUGCUGAUCGAAAGAGAGAGUCAAUUUUAGAAGGAUUUUUGACAGAAUCUAAUGAAAUACAUGCACAAAACUCUUCUGCUCCUUUUCAAAGUUGCUUUGUUGAUGCCAGUUCUCAUGAUUUAAUUAACUUCACUGAUCCAUCUGCAGAAAGACAGCGGUCUACAACUAGUGGAAGUGUUCAGAUGGAUCCUACCUUGAUUGAAAGAAUCGUAGCUGAUGGUGGUGACAUUUAUACUGUUGUUAGUAAGGUUAAUGACGGUGAUUUUGCCUCCAAUAAGGAUGAUAUUGUAUCAUCGACAGUGUCAGAUUUGUCAUCGUCUUUUGGUUCUCCGAAAUAUUCUCAUUUGAUACAUAACAAAGAGCAUCAGAGAAAGAAGCCUACUCGUCCACCACCACCAGUUCGUUACUCAGUAAUCAAUCCUGGCAAAACUGAUUGCCAGCAAAUACUUCCUUCAUCACAAAGUGCUACUGGUAACAAUGCUGGUCGCUAUGAAGACAUUUCUGCAAAUCAACUUGUGUUAACUCCAGCAUCUCCACCUUGCAGUUCACAAGACAAUAAUGACAUGUGGGUAUCUGUCAAGUGGCAAUCAAAAGCACAUGACACUAUGACAUCUAGUCAGCGUUCAUCCAGUCAAACAGCACUUGACAACCUGUUAGCUCAUGAGGAAUAUACAAAUCUAGAUGACAUAGCUAAAGGGAAGCCCUUUAUUGCACAGCAGAGAAGGCGCUCUUUUAGUGAAGGUGAAUCUGCAAUACCAGUAUCAAUGUCCAGGGGAUCUAUAAUUCCAAUCCUGUCUCCUCAAAAUGCAACCUUUGGUCACGAUGAUGAAGCUGACAUUUAUUCAACACCAACUGAUGACCUGGAUAGUAGUCAAACUUAUACUGUACCACCUGAUGCACUUUAUGGUAAUGUACCAAUGCAGGCAGAUGACUAUGUCAACUACAAUGCUGACGAAUACUCACAUGAUUACUUAAAUGAAGAGGAACUUCGAGAACAACUACGAAACAAUCCAAUACUUCCUUUAUCUGAAGAAAUAGUACCUGCUACAGUUAUUCAGCAGAAGGUUCCUGCAUUAGGUCUUAAAGAUAUGUUAAUGCAAAAUUUAAGAAUCAAAAAGCCAUCUACAAAGACAGUCAUUCAGUCAAGUGCUGUCACUGCAAGCACUCAGCAAGAGAGUAUUCCAAUGUUUCAUUUUUCAGAAAAAAGUGGGCGAGGUCUUCAAGUUGGGCGAGGUGAUUACAUGGAGUUCAGUAUUGACUCAUGGGGGAGCAAGAUGCAAGAAGACUCCGACCAAGAGAAACAAAAAUUGAAAAAGCAUCAAAGCAAGCAGUCUUCUCCGUUGGGUAAUUCUGCUGCAUCUGCUUCGAAUAAGACUCAAGAGUCAAAGGAAGGAGGUUCAGUAACAGGUGAAAGUAAAGUUGUAAGAAAAGAGCCCCCACCUAAACCUCCUCUACCCGCUUUUUUGCAGCAGACUGCAAAAUUGCAAGAACAGAGUGUUAGUAGUGAUCACAUAAAGCCACUUCCGAAUAAAAUUCCUCCGAAGCCACCCGCUCCAUAUCAAGCCUUGAAAGGGAAAUCUUCUACACAAGCUAUAGCCGAAGUGAAGGAUCUAAUGUCUCACUGGUAUCGUCCUGACAUUUCUAGAGAAGAUGCAUGCAAUUUAGUCAAAAAUAUGGAUGCAGGAUCUUUUGUUGUUCGUGACAGCCAAACUGUUAGUGGUGGUUAUGCUCUUACAAUAAAGGUGUCAAGGGAGCUAUUAAGACAAAGAAGAAAGUUAACAGAUGAUACAGAAGUAACUGAUGACAUGUGUGUAACUCAUUUUUUGAUACAACCUGAUCCAGAUGGAGUUAAAUUGCAAGGGUGGAAUGAACCUGCUUUUAAGACACUUCCUGAUUUUAUUGCAAGGCAUACAAUGGAAAAGCUUUGUCUUCCUUGUGUGUUACAGCUUCCAAAAAGUUCUACUGACCCUAUUCCAGUCCCGAAGAGGAAACCAGAAAGCCAGCAAACACUUGCUGCUGCAGCUUGUGAUUUGGUAUUAUUGGGCAAUAUUGAAGUACUUCGACCUUUGGGAGAUUCUACCAUUACAGAAGCUGCCAAACAACUGAAAGCACUUGAUUUGCCUACAUCAACUGUUGUAAAUUUUAAAGCAUCUAUGAGUGGAGUAACUAUUACAGACAAAGCUAAUGGGUUACUGAGUAAACGAAAUUAUCCCAUUAAUUCUAUUUUGCAUUGUGGACUGGAUCCAAAUGAUACUAGGUGGGACUUGUCACAUUUAGAAGAAUCUGUUUCAAUAAAGAAUAAGCCUUGUUUUGGUAUUGUUCAUAAAAUGCAAGACAGUCCUGGAUACAUGUGUUUACUAUUUGCAGAAGUUGAUGCUCAUCAACCUGUAUCAAAUGUUGUGGCUUAUGUCAAAAGAUUAAUGCAGUUAUCAAAGUAGAAUGAUAUAAUUAUUAUUAUGCUUCAGUAGACUUUUAAGCUACGUGUUCUGUCUGUAAAAAUAAUGUUUGUAAUUGUUCUUUUGUUUUGUUCAAUAAUUUAUUUUUUAUUGAUUUAUUAUUACCUCAAGAAACUGACACAA